AUGGAUCCUACGAGACAGUUCAUGGAUCGACUCGGAGUCACGGUCGACUCCAACUCAUCUUACCUACUUGUUGCAGUGCUUCUGGUCGCUGGCACGUAUGCUCUCGCUGUGCCAAUCAUAAGCUUCGUUCGUGUCCUGUUGAGUCUGUUCAUUCUGCCUGGAAAAUCUCUAUCGUCCUACAGUCCUCGUGGCUCAUGGGCUCUUAUCACUGGUGCUAGCGACGGCAUCGGUAAAGAGUUCGCCCUUUCGCUCGCCGCAAAGGGCUACAACCUCCUCCUCAUUUCGCGUACGCAGUCCAAACUCGACAGUCUCGCUUCCGACAUCACCACCAAAUAUGGUCCAAAUAUCUCUACAAAGACGCUCGCAAUGGACUUCGGUCAGAACAAGGAUAGCGACUACGCUUCGCUGCGGAAGCUUAUUGACGGCUUGGACAUCAGUAUUCUGGUUAACAACGUGGGACAGAGCCACAGCAUCCCAGUGCCAUUCGUGGAGACGCCUGCCAACGAGAUGAACAAUAUCAUCACUAUUAACUGCAUGGCUACUCUGAAGGUCACGCAGACGGUUGCGCCCGGCAUGAUCUCUCGCAAGCGCGGGCUUAUCCUCACUAUGGCUUCCACCGGCGGAUUCUUUCCCACACCUCUCCUUGCAACGUACUCCGGCAGCAAAGCCUUUCUUCAGCAGUGGUCCACUGCGCUCGCCUCCGAACUCGAACCCCACGGUGUGCAUGUGCAGUGUGUACAGUCGCACCUUGUCACAACCGCUAUGUCCAAGAUCCGCAAGUCGUCCGCGCUUGUCCCUAAUCCACGACAGUUCGUAAGGAGCGUGCUUGGCAAACUGGGUAGAAGUGGUGGUGCGCAGAAUGUUGCUUUUACCAGUGCACCUUACUGGAGUCACGGGUUGAUGAUCUGGUUCCUUUCGCGAUUCAUCGGUGAGAGGGCACCGAUCGUUGUGAAGAUCAACAAGAGCAUGCACGAAGACAUCCGAAAGCGAGCGUUGAGAAAAGCCGCCAGAGAUGAGAAGAAUCAAUAG